CUGAAUGUGUGAGUUUCUGAAUGUUAUGACUGCCUAGACUGGACUCUAGAAAGGUUUGCCCAAUGGCUCUCUCGUUUUUGAUCCGUCAUAUAAAGGGCCUGAAGAUGAGGCUAUUUUCUGUAUCGCAAGCCCUCUUCAAUCGCCAAAAACAAGCGUCCGAGUGGCGGGUCCAUAUGGCUGUGUAUGAUGAGAACAUUCUGAAGAAUCCCUUUUAUCUGGCACUGGAGAAGCAAAGACCAGACCUGUGCAGCCGAGUGGCAGAAGUGCAUGGCAUUGUCUUGGUUCCAUGUCGUGGAAGUUUAUCGGGUGGUUCAUACACAGCAGCACAAUUUGAGAACAAUGUACUCCUGCCUGCAGAACAGGGAUAUCAGACAGUUGAUGGGAAGGAGGUUUCCAUAGAGAAUAACCAAGUGAAUUUGGGAUCAGGGUUUCUGAACUCUGCCUCUGUUCCCAUUCUGUUUGAGGAAACUUUCUACAAUGAGAAAGAACAGGCCUACAGUAUCCUGUGCAUCAGUCGACCCAUUGACUGUGAGCCAAGCCCAGUGGAGGUGAGUCCUGUCCCUGGACUGUACUGCUUGAAGAAUGUGGAGGAGGUGAAGGAAUUCCUGGGCCGCCAUGCCGAGAAACUGGAUAAGUUCAUUGCUGCGUUUUGUAGCUCCUUCAAAGAGCUGGAUAGAAAGGGCCUCCGCCAUCACAUAGAUGCCGUACAUAGUCUGUACAUAAAGUGUCUUCAGUGCUUGCUGAGGGAUUCUCGUCUGAAGGUGCUGACCAAACAGGAGCUUCAGAUGGCACUGCUUAAACAAGCAGUGGAGAUGUACAUACAUCAUGGUAUCCAUGAUUUUCUCUUUAGUUAUGUUGGAACUCUUGAAGCAAGCCAGGAUGCUGCAUUCAAUAAAACAGCAAGAGGACUGCAGGAUCUGCAGCAGAAAGAUAUUGGUGUUAAGUCAGAAUUCAGUAUAAAUAUUCCACGUGCGAAGAGGGAAUUGAAUCAGCUCAACCGUUGCACUUCUCCUCAGCAGAAGCUGCUUUGCCUCAGGAAGGUCGCCCUCACUAUUAUGCAGUCGCCCAGUCGCACAGUUAAUUUGGAGGCAAUAUGUGCAGAUGAUCUCCUUUCAGUUAUUCUUUAUCUGCUGGUAAAAACAGAGAUUCCAAAUUGGAUGGCAAAUCUUAGCUACAUAAAGAACUUCCAUUUCUGCAACUCUGUCAAGGAUGACCUGAGUUACUGCCUGACCUCGUUUGAGGCAGCUGUGGAGUACAUCAGCCAAGGCAACCUUAGUCAAGAUCCCACGGGAUCAGGGGAGCUGAAUGACAAGCUUUUCUUCAGACAGAAGAUGAAUCUUCUUUCUCAGAGUUCCUCUACACCUAUAGACUGCUUGUUUGAGCACAUAGCAAAUGGCAAUGAGGUGGAGGUGCAACGCUUGCUUAGUGAAGGCGAGAGUGAGGAAGACAGGAGGCAAAUGUGUCACCCGCUCUGUUCCUGUGAUGCAUGUGAUCUGCGGGUGUCGGGUAGAUUAAAUGACCCCUAUAUAGUCACUCCAUAUUCCCGGGAUGACCGUGGCUACACUCCUCUUCAUGUUGCUGCUAUAUGUGGUCAGUCUCUUUUGAUUGACCUGUUGGUGUCAAAGGGAGCUCCGGUAAACGCCACAGACUACCACAGUCUCACACCUCUGCAUCUUUCCUGCCAGAAGGGGUACCAGGGAGUCACGCUGCUGCUGUUGCACUAUAAGGCAAACACAGAUGCUCAGGACAAUAAUGGAAACACUCCUUUGCACCUGGCCUGCAUGUAUGGCCAUGAGGAUUGUGUAAAGGCUCUGGUUUACUAUGACAUGCACACAUGCCAGCUGAAUGUACAGAAUGAUAAAGGCGACACAGCACUACACAUUGCAGCACGGUGGGGCUACGAGGGCAUCAUAGAGGUGCUAUUAGAAAACGGUGCCUCCACUCUUAAUCACAACAAGGCAAACCAGACACCACUGCACUGCGCACUCAACUCCAAGAUUCUGUCUGUUCUGGAGAGUACACGCAAUGGCGCUAGUAAAAAGGAGAGUGCGUUUGAGUCUCCUAGCCAUUCCCCGCAGCCCUCUGACUGCAGCAGUCGGCGCUCCUCUAUAUCCAGUACCUGCUCUCUGCUCUCUUUGGACACACGGCCAGAAGGUGACAAUGUUCGUCACAAAGAGGUGGAGAAGCUGCUGCGGGCAGUGGCAGAUGGAGAUGUUGAAAUGGUGCGUUACCUGCUGGAGUGGCUAGACGAGGAGCCAGAGGAAGAUGAAAAAGCCGAGAUGCCAGAUAAAACAGAAUUGUGCCACCCCCUGUGUCAGUGUCCAAACUGUGAGCCUACUCAAAAGUUAUCUACCCUGCAGUCAGAUGGGCUGGGUGUGAACAGUAGCAGUGUGGAUGGGUUCACUCCCCUGCAUGUGGCAGCGCUGCAUGGACACACAGCACUGGUCUCUUUGCUCAUCCGCCAUGGAGCCAACAUCAACUCCCGUAAUGGCCAGAGUGCCACGCCCCUCCACUUGGCCUGCCAGAACAGCCACAUACAGGUUGUGACCUCACUUGUGGAAUGCAAUGCCAAGUUGAAUAAAAGGGAUCAGUUUGGGAACACUCCUCUGAUUCAAGCCUGUCUAAAGGGACAUGAGCAGACAGUGGAAGUCCUACUUGAGAGUGGUGCCUCAGUGAAUCUGGCUAAUAACCAGGGUAAUACAGCCAUACAUGAAGCAGUUAGGGGAGGACACCAGGCUCUAGUAGAGCUCCUACUGCAAGCUGGUGCUCUCACACACCUCAGAAACAAGAGACAGAGGACGCCCCUCGACUGUGCACAAGAGACGGCUAGCAAGAACACAUUAAUCCUGAAGAUUCUACAGAAAGCAUGUGACCCCCAUCCUGACGCUAAUCCUGUUAGACAGUCCUGCAUGCCCCAAGAAGCUCUGGGCAGAACGCCUUCUCUUGUCCAGAGGAUGAAACAACACAAGGGCCCUGACCAGGGGAGAAGAGAGAGAGACGAGUUAUCACACAGAAUACAGCAGAUGAAGAAGUCUGUUCACCAGGAUGGAACCAUUACCUACACAGAAUCUCCAAGACUGGGUGGCAGGAGUGGUAAGAGGCGACUCCAGAGGGGAGAGACUGUGGAUGGCUCCGGUCCAUUCACUCAUCCUGCUGAACACUCCGCAUCAUCUCAGCAGGGCCCCCAGAACCAGACCAAAAGCCUGACCCGCUGCCACACUAUCCAUCAGGACCUGGCUCACAGCACUCCACUGGUUCUGGAGCAAACAGACUGCAGCUCCUCUAUGGACAAGAUGGCUGAAAGUGGUGUUAAUGGUCCUCAAGACCCCUCCUCUGCCCUCAGUGACCUCUCUCCCAACUGCACACCUGAACCUGAGCAGGUUAACGGGGAGUCUGUGGAGAUUGGGCAGGCCUGCAUGGAGGAAGACGAGGAAAUGCAGCACAUGAGGAAGAACUCUGAUACUGCUUUCACAGAGAUGGAUAAUGUUGUGCUCUGAGGAUCCUCUGAGGCCUCUCUCCUGAAUGUCCACCUGAUGCAAGGUGAAGAUCACUAGAAACUUUUGUGUUCAGCCGUGCUUUUGAACAUCUUGCUCAGCUAGUUUAAUGGGCUUGCUUAAGUCAGUGUUACUAAACUCAUCCCAACAGCUUCUCACUGACUGGAACAGUUCAUUUAGUUCAGAACAGCUUUUUUAAAUGCUAAGCUUGUGAUUUAAGGCCACUCAGUUCAGUUGCUUAAUUGAACUUGUGUGAAAUAAACUCAGAAUGGUCUGCUGGCUGUUAAGUUGAGGGGAUGUGAGAAUAGACAUAGGAACACUUGACGCCUGGCUUGUUUUUCUGUCAUAUAAAGGGAAAUUGAAAGGCUUCUAGCUAUUGUGACUUCUUUAGCUAACUCAGAUUGAAUAGGGAUUACCUGUCAAUCAGGAAUCAAAAGUCCAAAAGUGUAGCAUGUGAUGAAAGAUGCUGUAGAAUGCCUGCACAUCUCAGUUGUACUGAAAGAACUUUUCAGAUUGAGUUUAGCCUGCAAUUUCAUUUUACCAGCACUUUUAUCUUCUGCUUGUUCAAGCGUAUCAAAGCAGCAUAAAAAGGGAUGGUUAGGCAUAAGCUUUACUGUGUUUUUUGUUUGAUUGUUUUUUUUCCCAUUUUAUUUUGGUGUCAAAUCUAAUAUGCUUAAGUUUGGGUGGCUUAGGCAACACUUACAGAAGCUUGAAACUGACUUGAUUGAGUGAGCAACUGUGUGAUCGAGUUGACAGUAAUUCACAGUAAUGUGUUAUUGAUUUUUCCACAGGUUUUAAUUUCAGAUAUUUUUUUAUUGUUAUAUUUAAUUUCUAAUUUCUUUGUAAAUGGGUAUAUUUCUCCUAGUUUAGCAUAAGACAUUUUAGUAAUAUUUUCCAAAUUCUUAUGUAUUUUGAAUGACUGUGUUCAAAAGGCAAAACAAAUACUAAAUGUAUUUUACUGGUCUAGAUCCCACAGGCAUCUUAAUUCUAAAUGAUCUCAAAUGUUUUUUAUUAGAAACUAUUUUAAUUAAUUUAAUUUGGAAUGAUCGGAAAAUUUCAAUCAAAUGUAAUGAUUGAAAAGCCUGUUUACAUGUCUAACUGUGCCAGAUCCACACACGUGGGACUGAAAGCUACACAGUCACACAGAGGAUGUAUAAAGCAAGAGCAACCAUUUACUGGUUCCUACAGAAUCACCUGUUCCAGCUUUAAAUGUGUUCAUGUAUACAUAUAUACAGCAUUCUUGACCACUGUUGUAUUUCGGAUGCACUUUACUUCUUCUACAAAAAUAAUAUAUUCAGCUAGUCUUAAAAUGGGAUUAUUAGAUAGUUGACCCAUAGUGUGACAUAGUGGUUUCAAUUGACUUGUGUGGAAAACAGGUCCCUGUUUAAAAAAAGAUCCCAUAACUUGUCAAUAAUUCAUUUGUCACAGACAGUGAUGCAACAUUUUUUUUGUUAUAGAAUUGAUAAACAGUCUUGAAAGAAAAUCAUAAUUAUUUUUAUAUGUGUCAGUUUAAACUUUAUUUUCUGUAAGAUGCAGUGACUGUGCCUUAUUUGUGUAAAAAUAACCUAUAAUAAACCCAUAAUCCAAUGGAUGUUAAUAAUGAA